AUGCCGCCCACGCCGGCGGCCGGCACCGUGUCCCUCCGGGAGCUGGCGGACCUGGCCAUCGGCACCCCGGAGGCGGGCGCCGUCAACUUCACGGCCCUGCACACGCUCAUCGUGGCCAUGCUCCGGAGCCUGAACCUGCAGGAGGUGCGCAUCGACUUCCAGUCGCCGGAGCCCGGGCCGGAGCCGCCGCCGCCGCCGCCGCCGCCGCCGCCGCCGCCGCCGCAGGCCGUGGUCAGCGCCCCGCAGCUGGCGGCGCCGCAGGACACCAGGCCCGCGGCGCUGGAGAGCCAGGUGAAGGGGCUGGGCGGGCAGGUCCACGACCUCAGCAGGCGGCUCAAGACCAUCACGAGCCAGGUGCAGGGCAUCGUGAGCCACGUGCAGCACCUGACGGCGCCCGCGGGGCUGGCCGCGGACCCCCGGGACUGGCUGGACGAGACGGUCAAGCUGGCGCCGUCCCGGUCGCGGGUCGGGUCGCUGAGAACCGGAAGGGGCGAGAAGGCUAGCGUGGCGCAGGUGGUCUUCCAACGGAUUGAUGAACUAGAGAAGAUAAUCAGAGAACGGGAUGAAUUCCUGGAUCUAAUGAGCCGGAAGAUGAGUUUGAUGCCUGUUGGAGAAGAAGUCACCAUGGUCACCUGGGAAGAGCUGGAGCAAGCGAUUACUGAUGGCUGGAGGGCCUCACAAGGGGGCUCAGAGACAACAACAGGCCUUCCUAAACGCAGAGCACACACUUCCAUAACAUCAAAUGAUGGAAUUCAAAGUGGAGUCUCCAUCAAGCACUCAAGUGCUGACCGGGCUUUGGAUACUGCCAGUGGCUAUGGCUCAGAUCGGGCCUUAUCAGGAAUCAGUGGUACAGGUUACCCCUCUGAGGGGGUUACUAGGGAACGAAGCAGAGGUGCCUCUGCUACUACAUUCCCUGGUAGAGAAUAUUCAAGGGCCCGUGAUGAAGCUGGCCUGGCAAAGCCCCAUCACCCGUCUAUGUCCCAAUUCAGAAAAGAGUCAGAUCGUCGUAGGAUGAGAGAGCCUCAGCUGCACAGCUUAGCACACCUAAGAAAAGAUGAACGAGAGGCACACCCUGGUCCAGUUCAACAGGACUUAUCCUCAGCUUCUGUGGCCAGAGACUGGCAUCAUCCUGUAUACCCAGAUCAGCAUGGGGGGGUGUCUGUAACCCAGGGUCACAUCUAUUCAAGGCCAGAUCAGCAUGGAUUAGGACCACUUGGCAUGGAUCAGCUUCCAUUGCUCCAACCUAGCACUUACCCACAUGGUGUGGUACCCCACAGCAUGGGUCAGCUUGGUGUGAUGCCACCUGGAAUGGAUGAGCAGGGCUUGGUACUACCUGGCAUGGAUCAGCAGCGUGGUAUGGUGCCACCAUUGGCACCUGGCACAGAUCAGCAAAGAUUGGAACUACCUAGUACAGGUCAGCCUGGUAUGGUUCCACUUAGCACAUAUCAGCAUGGUGCAAUACCUCCUGGCGCAGACCAACAGUCUGGUGUGGAUCAGCAUGGGUUGGUACCCUUUAGCAUAGAUCAGCAUGGAUUUUUAGUAUCUGCCACGGAUCAACAAGGAAUGGAUCAACGUGGAUUGGUUCCAUAUCUUACAGAUCAACGUGGUUUGGUAUCACCUGGUUUGAUGCGAGUUGCUGCAGAUCAGCAAGGUUUUGUACAGUCCGGUUUGGAAACAUCUGGGUUCAUUCAACCUGGUACAGAGCAGCAUGAUGUAAUCCAGCCUGGGGCAGAUCCACGUGGUCAGCAUGGUUUGGUCCAACUUGGUGCAGGUCAGCAUGGUUUGGUGCAACCUGGAAUGGAUCAGCGUGGUUUGGUGCAACCUGGAAUGGAUCAGCAUGGUUUGGUGCAACCUGGAAUGGAUCAGCGUGGUUUGGUGCAACCUGGAAUGGAUCAGCGUGGUUUGGUGCAACCUGGAAUGGAUCAUCAUGGUUUGGUGCAACCUGGUACAGCUCAGCCUGGUUUGGUCCAACCUGCAAUGGAUCAGCGUGGUUUGGUCCAACCUGAAAUGGAUCAGCGUCGGCCUGGUUUGGUGCAACCUGGAAUGGACCAGCGUGGUUUGGUGCAACCUGGUGCAGGUCAGCCUGGUUUGGUCCAACCUGGAAUGGAUCAGCAUGGUUUGGUGCAACCUGGUACAGGUCAGCGUGGUUUGGUCCAACCUGCAAUGGACCAGUGUGGUUUGGUGCAACCUGGUGCAGGUCAGCCUGGUUUGGUCCAACCUGGAAUGGAUCAGCAUGGUUUGGUGCAACCUGAUGCCAGUCAUCAGCCUGGUUUGGUCCAACCUGUAAUGGAUCAGCGUGGUUUGGUGCAGCCUGGUGCAGGUCAGCCUGGUUUGGUGCAGCCUGGAACAGACCAGCAUGGUUUGGCGCAGCCUGGUGCAGGUCAGCCUGGUUUGGUCCAACAUGGUGUAGCUCAGCCUGGUUUGGUGCAACCUGGUGCAGGUCAGCCUGGUUUGGUCCAACCUGCAAUGGAUCAGCGUGGCUUGGUGCAGCCUGGUGCAGGUCGGCCUGGUUUGGUCCAGCCUAGAAUGGAUCAGCGUGGUUUGGUGCAGCCUGGUGCAGGUCAGCCUGCUUUGGUCAGACCUGGUAUGGAUCAGCGUGGUUUGGUCCAACCUGGAGCAGGCCAGCCUGCUUUAGUCAGACCUGGAAUGGAUCAGCGUGGUUUGGUGCAGCCUGGUGCAGGUCAGCCUGGUUUGGUCCAACCUGGACUGGAUCAGCGUGGGUUGGUACAACCUGGCACAGGUCAGCCUGGUUUGGUUCAGCCUGGUGUAGGUCAGCCUGGUUUGGUGCAACGUGGAGUAGAUCAGCAUGGUUUAGUACAGCCUGGUGCCUAUCCACGUGGUUUGGUUCCACCUGGUGCCUAUCCUCGUGGUUUGGCCCAACCUGGUACAUAUCCACAUGGUUUUAUGCAGCCUAGUGUUGAUCAGCGUAGUUUGGUUCAGCCUGGAAUUGAUCAGCGUGGCUUGAGGCGAUCUGGUACAGAACAACAAGACUUGAUACCACCAGGCACAGAGCUUCAUGGCUCUCCAACAGUCCACCCAGAGUUUCCAAGAUUUGUAUCACCACAUCCAUAUCAGCAUGGUGUAAUACCUCCUGGCAGAUAUCAAUAUGGUCAGGUGUCACCUCUCCUAGCCGAGCAAGGUUUAGUAUCAGCAGGUAUUGGCCAAGGUUUAUCAGAAACUUACCAGCAAGGUUUGAUGCAUCCUGGCGCAGACCAGCAUGGCCCAACACCAUUAAGCACUCGUGCAGGAUCUGUACACCUAGAUCAAGAGCAUUUGACAUCACUUGGCCCAGAUCAGCAUGGCCAGGUACAACCAGGUACAGAGCAGCAUGACCAUGCAUACUCCAUCCCAGAAUCCCAUGACCUAAUGUAUCCUCCUGGCCUUCGUGACUCAGGCGUCCCAGGGGUAGAUCAGCACGUCCAGGUCAGUUUGGAUCCAAAACAAAUAUAUACUGUGGACCAACCUGGGAUUUCUGUCCAGACUAGUCCAGGCCAGGAAGCCACCUCUGCCAGGAGUACGGACUAUCUGAACAACCUCUACCGCGUCUCAUCAGAAAAGAGUGAUUUCCAGAGCGAAAGACACGAUUCACUGGAUAAACUGGCUCCUAGCUUCCCCAUGGCGGUGGAGACAUUUCGUCUGAUGGGAGAGAUCAUUGGCCUCUAUGUGGAGCUCAAGGAGAACAUGAAAGAGCUAAAUGAGGAACAGGCUGGCCAGACGGAUUUGGAGAAGAUACAGUACCUGCUGGCGCUCAUGGUCAAAAAGAGCAUACCCCCUGACCUGCAGGAACAGCUGAAGACUCUCAAGUCCUUAACCAAAGAAGUUCGACAGGAAAAAACAAAACUGGACAGGAUGCAGAGGAUCCUGGAGGGCGAUGGGGAGCAAGAAAUAGGAAAAGAGAUGAAGGAUGGCCAGCUGAGCUUGCAGCUGGGAAUCCUCAGAGUCACCGUGGCUGACAUUGAGAAGGAACUGGCUGAGCUGAGGGAGAGCCAAGAGCGGGGCAAGGUCAGCAUGGAACAUUCGGUGUCCGAAGCCUCCCUCUACCUGCAGGACCAGCUGGACAAGCUCAGGAUGAUCAUCGAGAGCAUGCUGGCCUCGUCUUCCACGCUGCUGUCCAUGAGCAUGGCUCCUUCCAAGACCUUGGCGACCUUGGUACCUGGCCAGAUUGACCCUGAGGCCACCUGCCCGGCCUGCAGCCUGGACCUGAGCCAUCAGGUCAGCACGCUGGUGCAGCGCUACGAGCAGCUCCAGGACAUGGUCAACAAUCUGGCUGCCUCCCGGCCCUCCAAGAAAGCCAAGCUCCAGAGCCAGGACGAAGAGCUGCUGGGCCACAUCCAGAGUGCCAUCCUGCAGGUGCAGGGCGACUGCGAGAAGCUCAACAUCACCACCAGCAACCUCAUCGAAGACCAUCGGCAGAAGCAGAAGGACAUUGACGUGCUGUACCACGGUCUAGAGAAGCUCGAGAAAGAAAAGGCCAACAGGGAGCACCUGGAAAUGGAGAUUGAUUUGAAAGCUGAUAAGAGCGCCCUGGCGGCCAAAGUGAGCCGCGUCCAGUUCGAUGCCACCACGGAGCAGCUGAACCACAUGAUGCAGGAGCUGGUGGCCAAGAUGAGCGGGCAGGAGCAGGACUGGCAGAAAAUGCUGGACAAGCUGCUGGCGGAGAUGGACAGCAAGCUGGACCGCCUGGAGCUGGACCCGGUGAAGCGGUCGCUGGAGGAUCGCUGGCAGGCCCUGCGGCGGCAGCUCAAGGAGCGCUCCCCGCUCUACCAGGCAGACGAGGCGGCGGCCAUGCGCAGGCAGCUCUUGGCACAUUUCCACUGCCUCUCCUGUGACCGUCCCCUGGAGACGCCUGUGACCGGACAAAUUAUCCCUGUGAUGCCCGUGGGCCCGGGCCUGCCUGGGCACCGUUCCAUCCGCCCCUACACCAUCUUUGAACUGGAGCAGGUCCGGCAGCAGAGCCGCAGCCUAAAGCUGGGCAAUGCAGCCUUCCCUCGGGGCGACCUGGCACACCUGGAGCGGAGCGUGGGGCGCCUGCGCACCAUGCACUCCAAGAUGCUGAUGGACAUAGAGAAGGUGCAGAUCCACUUCGGAGGCUCGGUCAAGGCCAGCAGCCAGAUGAUCCGUGAGCUGCUGCAGGCACAGUGUCUGAGCUCCCCCUGCUACAAACGGGUGCCAGAAACGGCUGACUACACGUACUCGAGCGUGCCUCGGCGCUGCGGGGGCAGCCACACGCUCACCUACCCCUACCGCCGCAACCGCCUGCAGCACCUGUCCCAGGGCCUGUACCCCACCGAGGAGGUCCAGAUCGCCAUGAAGCAUGACGAAGUGGAUAUCUUGGGUCUGGAUGGACAUAUUUACAAGGGACGGAUGGAUACAAGGUUGCCGGGCAUCCUGAGCAAAGAGGCCUCUGUCUCGGGGAUGCCAAAGCACAAGGCCAAGCAGUCCCGGCCCCACGUGCACCGGCAACAGUCCCUCAGCGACAACGGCCAGCUGCCCUCCCAGCCUCAGAGCGCUCAGAUGCUGGCCGGCAGCAGUUCAGCUCCUUCUCAGCCGCAGAAAGACAGGCCCGUGUCCUCCGAGGGGCACCUCUCUCAGCCCAGUGUGGCCCACCCGCCCAGCCCCAGCGAGAUGGCCAACCUGCCCGCGGGGCCGGAGACGCACAGGGAUGUGCCUCCUGGGGAGGGGCUCGAGGAGCCCACCCGGGGGCCGCGGUCCACUGCUCACUGA